GUGAGGGAGGAAAGUUCUCUCAGCGAUUGUACUGAAGGUGAAACUUUUUGACUAAAAAACAAACAGGUGUGACUGCACCAUUAGACUUCAAGGUAUGAUAGAGACAUUUGUCUGUGGGUACGUGAAAAGUUUAAACAGGGUGUUAAACGCUUACUGUAAUGAGGUAAAUAGUGAAUAUGAGCCGCUCUGAAAUGUGGACACACUUCAGCUAAAGCAGCAGAUAUGUUUAUAUGAGGAACAGAAAAGGAUUUUAUUAGUUUGAAUCUACAGAAAGAGAUAAAGAUGGCGACUGCAAGCAAUGAGUUUAAACUCAUUGGUCCCAGUGAUAUAGAGUGGUAUAAUCCCUCUGCUGUCACUCUCUCAUGUCGUCUGUCUCCUGAAAUCAGUGCUGUUAACAUGGAGAUCCGGUGGUUUAAGGGGACAGACUGUGUUUGUGUCUAUAAGAACAGACAGGUGACAGAGGGGAGAGGUUACGAGGGCAGAGUGAGUCUGUUCACUCAGGAGCUGGAGAGAGGAAACGUCUCCUUACAGCUGAGAGACUGUAAAUGGUCAGAUAGAGGAGAUUACCUGUGUCAGGUCACUGCUGGAGACAGAACAGAGGAGAUUACAGUAUACAUGGCCUUGUUCCAAAACCAGCACAGUAAGGUGCAAAUCUGGAGAACACAAACUGCAUUGUCUUUGGAACUGUGUUGUGCUGAAAUGAUCGACUGAACAGCCGACAACAUGAAAUGAGAAGCUGCUGCUCAAGUGAAAGACUCACACUACACUGUAGACACUCAUCUUUCAUUAGCCGUGUUUACACACAAAGAUUUUACCAGUCUGAACGAAUUUAGUCAGACUGCAGAUUCCUAAUAAACUAUUUAUGUGUGUCCUGAAAUGGACAAUUUUCAUUUAUAUGCAUGUUACAUGUGAUCUGAUCCAAAGUUAUCUUCAUGCUGGGAGGGCAGUAUAGUGUUAACAUUACCACAACAACAAGGAGCACGUGAGAGCAAAAACCUAGUGUGAUUUUUAAAUGGACAGAGUUUGUGACUGCAAUAAAGUUUCUCAACAUUCCAUAUUUCCCGACAUUCAGGAGCACAGAUAAAUAUACUGUUGAAAAUAACAUAAAGGUUUUAUUAAAACUUUUCCUCCUGAUUUCACCGUGUGUAUGUUCUGCAUCUUCACUGAAUAUCUGACAAAUUUCAAAUGCUGAACAGACAUUACUGAGGUCAGUUCCUGUCCCUCUUCUACCUUCUACCAAAUGUUUGAUGUCAGUCGAGACUCACAGUUAGAUUUGUGAGAUACAACAAUCUUAUCAUCCUUACACGAUAUUUAAUUUCCACAAUAUUCAGUGACGUUUGUUGCAGAUUAUAUUAUAUUACCUAACCUAGCACAUUUUGCAUAGGAGCUCUGCUAAAACAUUGGAGUCACUAUUGUUAGAGGGCUAAGGGGUUAAUUUAGGUGCACUGCAUUAUGGGUAUUGUAGUUUGAGGUGGGGGUUGGUGCUGUGAGUGUGUGUGAGGUGCAGAGAGACAGUGACUCUCCUCUUUUUAUUCUUCUAGCAUAUUUUCAUUGUUCUGUCUUAUAAUUGUGAAGGGAAAAGACCUGAAAAUAUGGAAAUUACUGAGUGGCGGAAAUUUUGGAGUGCUAAAGCCCUGGAGCUCUCUGAGUAGAGUGGAGCCUCAUGACCAUGGUCUAGAGCUGGAAAUCAGUUAAGAUAGUACGAAUUAUCACUCAAACGUAGGCUAAGAGCAGUCUUUUUCUUCCCAAUUAAUGGCAGAUUAGCCAAUUGACAUGUGACUCUGGAAUGAUAUGUGCAUUUAGAUUCAUAUUUAACAUAUACAUUUACCAUUUAUAUUUACAUUCAAAUUUUACACAAACUUAUAACUUUUCAAUAGAAAGUGUAAAUGCUAAAUAUAAAUGUUAAAUAUAAGUCUAAGAUUACAUUUAGAGGCCUGACCUACCCAAAAAACACUCUUCUAGGUGUUACACCGUGGUAUUGUUAACAUUAUUCACACACAAAAAAAAGUUCCCGCUCAAUAGGAGCUGUCACUUUCAGAGGCUCUGUAUAGCUUUAUAUGAAACUCUGUAUAGCUCUAUAUGAAGCUCUGUAUAGAGUUAUAUGAAGCUCUGUAUAGAUUUAUAUGAAGCUCUGUAUAGCUUUAUAUGAAGCUCUGUAUAGAUUUAUAUGAAGCUCUGUAUAGCUCUAUAUGAAGCUCUGUAUAGCUUUAUAUGAAGCUCUGUAUAGUUUUAUAUGAAGCUCUGUAUAACUUUAUAUGAAGCUCUGUAUAGAUUUAUAUGAAGAUCGGUACAGAUUUAUAUGAAGCUCUGUAUAGCU